AUGCUUUCUGAAGCUCACGAACAUACUCAAGCAACUGCGACUCUAUUGGACGAGGCUCCUUCACAAGAGUCAGGCGACUACACAAAUACCUCGUCGUUCUCAGGCGAUUUUCCUAUCUGUACCGAUCUUAAUGGUCCAAUAGCGCCUUUUUGCCUCCCUAAGGAUGGUGCAGAUGUUACAGUUGACGCGACGUACUAUGUCACAUGGAAUGCCGACUUCUACCCUCUGAACGCGACGAUCACAAUCGAGUUGAGAUACGCGAACUCUUCUCAGGGAGACUCGGCAUUCACGUCUGAAAAGACUGAUAACAGUUACGGUUAUGUUUCGCUUCCUAUGCAGAAGGAAUGGCUCCAAGGAAAGCCAUACAAUGCUCUGACACUCUAUCUCAUCGAGCUGGAUCCUACGUCGGGUAGUCGAGCUAGUGCCCGGCAAGGCCCAACCGUCAUACUCCAUCCUAAACCAGUUGAACACUACAAGCCUUCCCCUCAGACACCCUUUAAUAGGACGGCUCUUCUUAUCGGACUUCCAGUCAGCCUUGGUGUUGUCAUUGCUGUUGUUGCGGGCCUGGCUUUUGGCAUGCGUAAAAGCAGGAGGACCGGGCUGAGAGACGUCGUGGGUGCCCGAGGAAGGGGCUAUGGAAUUGGGAAAUCCAAGAACCAACGCCUUGGGACCAAAAGGGAGAUUAAUGGGCCGGAUUCUUUUGCAGCCUUGAAUAAAUACAGAGAGGACUCUGGUGAAGGCUUCUCUGAAUUCGAGGGUUCAGAGAAGUCUCACGGAUUCGAGCGCAGCGGGAGCUUUGCGUGUCGACAAGAGGUAUCAAGGCUGAAGACAUGGAGCGGUUGA